AUGCAGUUAAUACGUAGCGAUAACAUUGUCCCACAGAAUAAACUGUCACAAAAACGGAGAUAUUUGCAAAGUAAUAACAUUACAAACAUUGAAGUAAGAGCCUUCCAUGACCUACACAGCUUAAAAAAACUGUUUUUGAGUCAUAAUUAUAUUACUGAAAUCAAAGCAGAAUCCUUCAAAAAUCUGUCCGCAUUAACAUAUCUACAUUUGGAAUAUAAUGAUAUAAAAGGAAUGGAAGUUGGAUCUUUUCAAAAUCUCCACAGUUUACUGCUUCUGUAUUUGGGCGGUAAUGCUCUGAAGGAAAUCAAAGCAGGAAGCAUCCAAAAUCUUCCCCGUUUAACACAUCUAUAUUUGAAUGAAAAUAAAAUCGAGAAAGUUACAGCAGGCGCCUUUGAUGACCUGCCCAGUUUAAGAUUCCUAUAUUUGAAUGCAAAUGAUAUCCAAAAAAUUGAAGUUAGAUCCUUUAAUGACCUUCCCAGUUUAAGAUACCUGUAUUUGCCCGGUAAUAAUAUCAACGAAAUCAAACCAGGAACCUUCCAGGAUCUUUCCAGCUUAACAACUCUGGAUUUAUCUGGUAACGAUAUCGUGGAAAUCAAUGCAGGAAUCUUCCGCAAUCUUUCAAGUUUAAAUUAUCUGAAAUUAGCUAAUAAUGAUAUCAAGGAAACAGAAUCAGGAAUGUUUCGCCCUCUUUUCAGUUUGACAUCUCUAGAUUUGAAUCGUAAUUAUAUCAAAGGAAUCAAAGCAGAAACCUUCCAAAAUCUUUCUAGUUUAAGAACACUAUCUUUGCGCAACAACCGAAUACAAAACUUUGAGGAUGGCGUGUUCUUAUUCCUUCCCAGUAUUAAUUACAUGUAUGUACAACAAAUAUUUAUUUAUUAGAAAAACUUUGUAAUACAGUUGGCAAUUAAUAACGAUGAGUUGUUUAAAUUUUAAU